CUGUGUCCUUAUCUUGGUAUCAUUUUUAUGUUUGAGAAACAAUAACUUUCGAUGCCAGCAAGAGAUACUUAAAUUCGAAUUUGAAACGAUUGUUAAGCGCGGGAAAGAAUCGAGAAUCGAUAUUUGAAAAAUUCAAACAAGAAAUAUAACCUACAAAUUAAGUGGUGAUUUAAAAUGUUUUAUACCCGCUUACAAGCUCGGUAGCGUAACGUUCCUGGUUAAUAAAAAAGGCAAAAAAUGUCUGCGACGAAACAGGUAAAGCAAAAUGCUCACGGCGAGCCUAAAGAGAAAAAGAGGAAAGAGAGUAUCCUUGAUCUUUCGAAAUAUUUGGAGAAAAACAUUAGAGUGAAAUUUGCUGGAGGAAGGGAAGCUGCAGGUAUUUUGAAAGGCUACGAUCCCCUUCUCAAUUUGGUAUUAGACAAUACUACGGAAUACCUCAGAGAUCCUGAUGAUCCAUACAAAUUGAAUCAAGAUACUCGUAUGUUAGGCUUGGUUGUAUGUAGAGGUACGUCUGUGGUACUCAUAUGCCCGGUAGAUGGAAUGGAGUCUAUUCAAAAUCCUUUUAUACAACAGGAAGGUUAAACAAAUUUGUUUUUAUAAAUCAAGGUUCAAUAAGAAGUAUAAGCUUGCAAGGAACCUGAUUUAUAAACUGUAAUAUUUGGAUGAAUUUGUUAUAAUAAAACUAGAAGUAAUUUUUUUAUGUUAUAAAUUA